AAAAUAAUUAAAAAAAAAAAAGGGCCAGUAAAUUGAACUACACAGCACAACUGAGAAAGAACCUUUUGCUUUUUAAUGCUCCCCUGUUUCUCUCGCAUUGAAAAGAGUCUUGAUUCUCUCUUUAUCAAAAAUCGUGUUCUCUUUUCUUUCGUUUACUUACUCUUUUUGUUACUGUUACUGUGUUGUGUUUUGUUUUCAGAAGAAGAGAAAGGAAGCUAUAAGCUAUGAAGCAACAUGAAGUGAUAAUGGUUGAGAUGAUGAUGUUAAAGAAAUGGCGGUGCUGAUAAUGGCUCAACAAACCAAAACAAAUUGUAACAAUGCCACUACUGACCAAGUGAAGCCAAUGUUAUAUGAUUUUCUGGGCAUGAAGCCCACCGAUUCUCCCCCUGUCGUUUUGCCUCCAAAACACGCCGUUUCAGAGCCCUCUCCUUCCGCCUCUGUUUCCCUUGGCGCUUCUUCUGGUGUUGCUGAUCUCACCUCUGAAAGACAGGCUGGAAAUCAUCUUGAGGGGGUUCCAUUUUAUGGUACAAGGAGUGACAUUUCUGGAACUGAGAUAAGCAACAGAUUAGUAGGAAGUAAGCGAAGUAACUUGGAAUCGGCCUUCAUGGGUCAUGAAUACCCUGAGGGACUGCAUUUGAUGAAGCUACUCAGAAAUGGGGCAGGAGGAGAACGAACAAGAAGGUCCAAUGAUGACGAGGUCCUCUGUGGUAUGCAGCAAUUGAGGCCAACUUCGGCAUCUCUUAUAUUACAGCCUUCAGCUAGCAGUAGAAUGGAUCCCAAUGUUUCUAGAUGGGAGCGAACUAUUCCCAUCAAUGCUAGCCCUGCUGUACAGUAUCAUCCACGUGGGGGUCAGUUGGUGCCUUUUAUGCAUCAAGUAGUGCCAAACAGGUUCAAGGAUGUCAAUGCUGGUCCUUCAAUUAUCUCUCAAUCAGCUGCUGAUGAAGGAUCUAGAACUGGGAUUAAAGGUCCUGACAUUUUGAGUUCUGUCAAUGCCACUGGCGGUGCAUCUGAGAAGAACUCAUCUGUACUUCUGCAAGGUGGAACCAGGCCAAAGUCUGGGACACUUAUUUCAGAGCCAGAGUCUUCUACUCCUCCAAGUCGACAGGGAUUAGCAUCUGCUAGCCGGCAAAUGACUAUAUUCUAUGGAGGUCAAGCUCAUGUUUUUGAUGAUGUCCAUCCAAAUAAGGCAGAUGUUAUAAUGGCCUUAGCUGGAUCAAAUGGAGGAUCGUGGUCAACAACCUACUCACCAAAAUCUACUGUGAGACCUGUCGGUGAAAAUUUCUUGCCCAGUGGAGAUCCCGAAGCACGUGUGGCAGGUACCAUGGCAUUACCACAGGAACUUCGUGGGAGGUUAUCUGUGACGGGUAAUGCUAGUCAUGGAAGUGGCUCUGGUGACAGAAUUUCGACAGCCACAGGUUUUACAAGAAAUCCAGUUCAAGCAGCAGAGCCUAGUACUGAAGAGAAAAGAGAGAAAUAAUUAACGUUAAAGAGAGUAAUAGGAAGUGUAAUGUUGUUAAAAGAGAUUGAAAUUAGCAGAAGAAGGUGUCUCUGUAUUGUGGUUUAUGCUUCAAAUUUUCUGUUGUUUUAGUGUUUUUUGGGGUAAAGAGAAGGGAGAGGUUUGUUCCAUCUUUGUUUACAGACCCAAUUAAGCUAUCAAUUCACCAUGUGAUUCAGAUACAGAUAUUUUCAAGCUGUAUGCAUUUUUUAUCAUUGAAUUGGAGUGCCACUUGUAAUACUGGCAUGGUGCUGCCACAUUUGAAAAUUAGAGGAGUAGGACAUGUCGUAUUUGAAAAUU